UGAAAUUCAACUCUGAAUUAGCCGACCGCGGGCUCAGUCGUCGGGUCGACCCUAACCCACCGCCCAUAAAAACAGAAAUAUAGUCCAAUUUUUUCGUUUUCUUUCUCGAUAAUUCUGAAAUUUCCUUUUUAGCCCCUUUUCAAUUUUUUCCCUCGUGGGCGUAGUUUCGCCGCCCAGCCCAAGCUUCUGCCUCCUCCUCUUCCUAUUUUAACAUACGCCACCAUCGGCCUCUGUCCGAAUCAUCAAACCCUGUUCCCCUAAAAGAGGAAAAAAAAAAACCCAAAAAACUACGCUGAUUAAGGUUGUAAACCUAGAUAGAUUGAAACAAAAAGGUACAAAAUUUAUGUUAGGAUUUAAUUUUGGGGAUUAUUUAUUAUCGAGUCGUGUAGUUCAAUCGCGUGUUCGUCGGCAAUUCGUUGAAAAAUGCUCGUCGCCUUUCUUUCGCAACUGCGCCGUAGCUUCCUAGAAUUCAGCUCACCUCGUUUGUUUUCUCCGGUUUCGACAUGUCGAGGUUCUUUCCCUUUUUCCUCUUCUUGUAUUUCAUGCGAUUCUAUUUUUUAUUUAUUUAUUUUUGUACCAAUAACAAGCGCCUUAUAAAUUUGCAUUUGCCCUGAUUUGAUUGGGAUGUUUUUCGUUAGAUUUUUGUGAAAGCAGCAAAAUAUUGUCUUUGAAGUUGAAUUUACUAGUACAAACUACGCCCUUUUGGAUGAUUCUGUUGCUAUUUUCUAAAAUUUGCCCCUGCCGUAUCUCUGCCUCCUUGAAGGGCUGAUAGAUUGCACUUUACUGCUUUGCUCCUGGGCAGCCUGUAAUAUGAGGCUGUAGUCCAGCAUUAGUGAUUUUUUGUUUGGCGGUACAAGUAGAACUGAUCUUUUUGUUGGAUUUUUUUUUUCUCUAUUUGGCUAUAAAUCACUUGUGAAGUUCUUUUCCUUGGGAUAGUUGUGAAGUCGGAAAUUUCGGUUUUGGAGCAAUGUUGACUGUCAUGGAAUGGUGUUUUGAUUACUGUAUUGUUUCCAAAACGAUAAGACAUUAAAAUGUUGGGGAGGGAAAGAAAAAGGACUGGAGAGCUGGAAUGGGUUUGUGGAGGAUUUCUCUGUAUUCUUUUUCUUUCCAUUUGAGAGGGGGAUUGGUUUAUUGGUAUGGUGUUUCUUUGGGAUUGACUUUUGACUCUAUUAUGAGGUGGUUUUAUCUAUGGUCGACUUUUGGCUACAUUAUAAAGCAUUGGCAGGUUGAAUUUUAAUUAACAUUGGACUGAUGUUCUUGUAAUGCAAUAAAAUAUUUUAUGACUCUGGUUGAUACAUAUAUUGGAUCCAUCUCUUGUCUUACAAGGGCGAUGCAAGUAUCCACAAGACUACAAUAAUGGAACUUUCUUGAUUUUGACAGUACUAAUUCUCUUAACUAGCAAAUGGUAUUCUGAUUUUCCUUUAUGUUUAUAAUAGCAUUAUUUUUUUGCGUUAUUUCCUCGCUGAGAACUUUGAAUUAAUAGAUGUAGUCCUAAACAUAUGGCUAAAGUAUCUCUCCAAUCUUCUAUUGGCAGAGAUGAUGGUAACAUAGGAUUUAUAACCAACCUACAGGGUGAUGUACUAGUAGUAAUGUCUUUGUGAUCUUUGACUGUUGUAUGAAUGUUUAUAAGUAUCUGGGUUCUUUGCCUUUGAGCAUCAUCAGUAUUGGCACCUAAAUUUCAUGGCUGAAUCAGUACUAUAAUUUAGUUUGGUUAAGCAGGUGAGCGUAUAGGUUUUUGGCGAUUCUAGAGAUGGGAUUUUUGCUUGAAAAUCAUAGACACUAAAUAAUCGGUUUUAAAUGAUGGUUCUGUGUACCUUAUUCAUUUUGUACUUGCCAGCGCACUUCAAGAGGUUUUGCUUGACAUUGUUGUUGGUAAUGCAGAUUUUUGACCCUUGGAAAGAGGUUCGCGCAAGCUUUGCACCAGAAUCAGAUUAGCACCACCUAUACGGGAAGGUUGAAGUAUGGCCACAAUCAGGCUAGCACCAUAUAUUCUGGAGGCUUAAAGUAUGGAUGGGUUGGUGGAACUGGGUUGUAUUCCCCAAACUCCGGACUAUACUCACACUAUGGGUUGCGCAGUAGUAGACUUCCUUUGUCCUCAUUGUUUGGGGCCAGAAAUCAGUUAUAUACUGGGGUGGAGAGAUUUUCAGCAGCUUCAAAAGGUAAAAUAGUGGCACAAGGUUACCAACAUGCUUGGAAGCGUUUCUAUAAGAGGUCUUCUUGCAGAACUCAAAGUAGUCUACCUACAAAGGGAUUUGCUCAGGCAGUUGGCUUAAGCUUUGCCAGGUUUUAUGGCAGUAGACCUGGUUCAUUCAAGUUGUUGGGGGACAGAAAUCGGUUUCAUGGUAAAACAUUUGUGCAGCAGGCUCAACUUGCUUGGAGAAGUUUUUACAGGAAAUCUUCCAGCAAUAUGCGAACUAGUCUGCCUAUAAGGAGACUUGCUCAGUCUAUUAGCAUAGGCUUGAGCCGCUCUUCUGUGAUCAUCCCUGGCUUGUUUGCAAUUGCAUGUGGAGGAAAUGUAGCAGUGGCACAAUCUCAAGCAUAUCCAGAUGUAGAUUUGAUUCAGCAAAGGAAAGCAAUCCACUUGGAUGCCCGUGAGGGGCAUGUUAUGGUUGUUUCCUUCGUGAUAUCUGUAUGGCAGGGGAUCGUUUUGUUGCUCCGAGCGCUCCAUCUAGCAUUUCUUUUCUCACCUUGCAUUGUGAUGGCUCCAUUUGCAGAUUCUUUUGGACCUCAGUACAGGAAGAUUUGGCUUCAGCUUGUCCAUCAGACACUGGAAAGAGCAGGUCCCGCAUUUAUUAAAUGGGGCCAGUGGGCUGCAUCACGUCCUGAUCUUUUUCCCAGGGAUUUAUGUGCUGAGCUCUCCAAACUUCACACAAAAGCACCUGAGCAUAGCUUUGCCUACACAAAAAAGACAAUUGAAAAGGCUUUUGGACGCAAGAUAACUGAGAUUUUUGAAGACUUUGAGGAGGCACCUGUAGCAUCAGGAAGUAUUGCUCAGGUGCACCGAGCUACUUUGAAAUAUCGAUAUCACGGUCGUCAGAUGAAGCCUAUGGUAGUCGCUGUAAAGGUUAGACACCCUGGUGUUGGUGAAUCAAUUAAAAGAGAUUUUGAAAUCAUCAACAUUGUUGCUAGGUUAUCAAAGUUCAUACCCACACUAAAUUGGCUGAGAUUGGAUGAGAGUGUUCAACAAUUUGCAGUUUUUAUGAUGUCCCAAGUUGAUCUUGCAAGAGAAGCUGCCCACCUCAGCCGUUUCAUUUAUAAUUUUCGCAGCUGGAAAAAUGUCUCAUUCCCAAAGCCAGUAUACCCACUGGUGCAUCCAGCUGUGCUAGUGGAAACUUUUGAGCAAGGAGAAUGUGUGUCUCACUAUGUUGAUGAGCUUCAGGGUCAUGAACGACUUAAAAGUACACUUGCUCAUAUUGGGACCCAUGCAUUAUUGAAGAUGCUUCUGGUGGACAACUUCAUUCAUGCUGAUAUGCAUCCUGGGAACAUCCUUGUUCGGGAGGGUCAGAGCAAGGCUUCUCGCAAACGACGACUUUUCAAGUCUAAGCCUCAUGUCAUUUUCCUUGAUGUAGGAAUGACAGCUGAGCUUUCUAAAAGUGAUCGUAGUAACUUAGUUGAGUUUUUUAAGGCUGUUGCUCGUCGAGAUGGUCAGACCGCCGCUGAGUGCACAUUAAGAUUAUCAAAGAGACAGAACUGUCCUAAUCCUAAGGCCUUCAUUGCAGAAGUGAAAGAGUCUUUUGAUUUUUGGGGCACUCCUGAAGGUGAUUUGGUUCAUCCAGCUGAUUGCAUGCAACAGUUACUAGAACAAGUUCGUCGACAUAGAGUAAAUAUUGAUGGCAAUGUGUGCACUGUAAUGGUUACAACUUUGGUCCUUGAGGGUUGGCAAAGGAAGCUUGACCCAGAUUAUGAUGUCAUGCAUACGCUUCAGACAAUUCUGCUCAAAGCUGAUUGGGCAAAGUCACUUUCUUACACGAUUGAAGGCCUCAUGGCUCCCUAGAGAAGUUCUUUUUGUCACUAACAUAAAACCCGCAAGUCUUCUUAUGAUGGAAGAUACCUCCAUGAUGUAUAUUAUAUACCUUAGAAUACCCCUAGCCGCAAAUUUUGUAAUGGGGAAAUUUUGCUCCGUUAUGGUGAUUUCUUUUUGAAAGACACUAUUGACUCUGAGAUCUUUACCAUUCAAACAAGUCAUUCUCAGAAAAGAAGCAUAUAGUAGAGUUUGUAUUCCCUUUCAGUUUGUUAUUUCACAAUAAGUAUGUAUUAUUGGAUCAGUGCUUAAUCACAACUCUUUUCUUUGUUCAGUGCCC